CUCCCUUGCUUCAGCACGUGUUCCUACAUGGCCGCCUGCACCAGCCGCAUUAGGCCGGAGGGACGCGGUGCCUUUGCUGGGACUUGUCUGACUACUUUGGAGGAAGGACUCUCUUGCAAGCCAGUCCCCCAGUGAAGAAAGUCCCCAAAAUCUUGUUUCGUGAGUUGCCUCCUGACUGGAUUGCGGUUCCCAGCCAUGGCUGAAGGGGGUGCUGGUGGAAACCAGCCGCCACGUGAACAUCCCCACAACCUCCAGGGCUUGCUGCAGAUGGCGGUCACCGCAGGAAACGCUGAACCUGCUCCGGUGGAGCCCAUGUCUGAUGAGCGGAGGCAGUGGCUACAGGAGGCGAUGGUAGAGGCAUUCCGGGGGCAAGUGGAUGAGGUAGAACAGAUGAAGGAAUGUCUGCGGCUACUGGAGGCUUUGACCCCUGGAGCAGAACGUGGAGAGAGUUCGGAGGAAGCGCAUUCGGACCUCGACCGCAGAGAGAGCGCCUUGGACAUUCUUGCAGAGUUGUGUGAAAACUUGGAUAAUGCUGCAGACUUCUGCAAACUGGAGGGCAUGCGGCUGCUGGCACACCGGUACCUGGAACAUGAGGAGCAAGAGUUGCGCUGGCGAGCUGCCCACCUGGUGGGCACUUGUGCCCAGAACGUGCCAAAGGUGCAGGAGCAGGCGCUGGCACUGGGCUGCAUGCGGAAGCUCUUGCGGCUCCUGGACCACGAUCCCAGCGAGGCAGUCCGGAUCAAGGCGCUUUUUGCUAUUUCCUGUUUGGUAAGAGCCCAGGAAGCUGGGUUGCAGCAGUUCCUACGACUUGAUGGGUUCUCAGUCCUCAUGAGGGCCAUGCAGAGCAGUGUGCAGAAGCUGAAAGUAAAAUCUGCCUUCCUCUUGCAGAACCUUCUCAUAGACCACCCGGAGCAGAAAGAGACACUCUGCUCCAUGGGGAUGGUCCAGCAACUGGUGGCCCUGAUCCGGUCUGAACACAGCACUUUCCACGAGCACGUGUUGGGGGCGCUGUGCAGCCUAGUAACAGAUUUCCCUCAAGGUGUACGAGAGUGUCAAGAACCAGAAUUAGCACUCGAGGAACUGUUAAAAGAGCGAUGCAAGCUACUAAAGGAUCAGGAUGAAUUCCAGGAGGAACAGGAUUUCUGUGAGACACUUCUGCGCCUUUGCUUCUGCAAUCAACCUGAUGAAAACAACAUGGAUCGGUAACUUGGCUUCCCUUCCUCCCACUUGACAGUUGAAGUUCUCUUGGACCCAUGUCAGUUGGAGACACUGUAUGGAAACGCCCCUGUUUAUCCUCCAUUCACUGAACUGGCAACAGGCUGGAAUAACAGAAGAUCUCUCUGAAACAAGAUACGGAGCUUGUUAACCUAAUGAUCAGCAGGAAGACACUUUCAUAAGCUGUCACUGUGUAACUUCCUCUCUGCCACCCUGCAGAAACUUGCUUUCUGCUGCUCUCCCUAUCCUCAACCCCACAGUUUACCGCCAAGUAGCUAUAGUUUCAUGAUGGCUCUUAAGUUCUCCAUGUUUCAUUGGGAAGUGACCUGUUUCCCAUAGCUACACUGCUUCUUUUCAGAGUUGAGAUACUUGAGUGCCUUUUUACUUUUUUUUAUCCAGGAAGUAGCUGAAUGGGGCAUCUUUAGAUCUACAACUAAAAUGGAUUGCAGUUGGCUACUCCAGAAACAUACACCAGAUCGCAUAUUUGGGGAACAUCAGUUCAAAGGACUUGCGCAUGUGUGUAUAGGACGUAUCUUUACCCAUCACUUAAACAGCCAUUUUCAGGGAGGAGAAAAUGUACUAGCUGAAUUCUCUGUAAGGUUAAUGUUGCCAGCUGCAGAAGAGGACUGGAUUCCUGCACCUCCAAUCAUUGCAAAGAGUGAUUUUAACGAGAGACUAGCUGAAGUUGCCUCUUCUACACAACUAUCAGAAGGACAGGAGGACAUCCUCUUUUGCUGCAGGCCUUCUGGUUGAGGUCUUGGCUUCAUUCACCCCCUUUCAUGUCAUUGGCUGACGAUGAGCAGAUGUAUUGUGGGGGCUCGCAUCUCCCAUCACUCUGCUUUUGCUGUUGCUGUGUUCUCUGCUUAAGGUUUCUAAAAAAACAAAAAAACAAGUUUCUGUUUUAGGUGAUAAGUCUGGCACAUUUUUGUCUUUCCUACCAGAUGCGUUUAUACCUUCUUUUGUGUAUUGUCUCUCUCACUUAGAAAAAGAUGACAGAGGCGGUCAUUCCAACGUAGGGGUCAGCGAACGCAAGUCAUCAUGCUCCCAAUCAAAAUUGGCCUUCAUCAGCGCCUCUUAGUUGUUAAAUUUAUGUACUGCCAAAAUUGGUACUCCAGAUAGUUGACAGCAGUUGGAUACACAUGAAAAACGAAUCAGCUAGAACAUAAAGCUGAGUUGAGGAAAGCCAUUGUGGUGGAGUGGUGAGAGUGUCCAGCUAGGCCUCGUGGCCUGUGGCCAUGAAGCUCGCUGGGAGGCCUGAGGCCAGUCUCUGAUUCAGCCUAACGAGCCUAACAGAGGACAGCAGAGAGGAGGAGAGCCUCCUAAAUCACCUUGGGUUCCUUACAGGAGGAAAAUGUAACAUUGAAUGUCAUUAUAAAUAAAUUUUAAAAUACAA